GUGGGGCGGUCACUCGGGCAAGUCGGUCCCACCGCGGACCUGAGGUGGUGCCGAGCAAGCGCGGCAGCGGCGGCGGCAUGCGCCGGGCCUCCGCAUGGUCCGCGCCCCUGGCGAGCCCCGACCACUACGAGAGGCUAGGCAGCCUCCUGCAAGGGCUGCGGGACAGUGAAAAGAAGAGAUUGGAACUGGAACAGAAACUUUAUGAAUAUAAUCAGUCUGAUAUAUACAGAGUUAAGCUGAAGUAUGUAAAACUAAAGAAAUACCUGAAGGAAAUAUGUGAAUCAGAAAAGAAGGCUCAUACUCGAAAUCAAGAAUAUUUAAAGCAGCUUGAGCAUGUCCAAGCUCAUGUUGGACGCUUUACCACAAAUACAGAGAAGCUUAAAGAACUGAAGGUUGCAGUGCAGGCAGGAGUUAACUUGGGAACAGCUGUGUCAAGAGGAUUAUAUCAACCAGCAACAAUCUUUAUGGGCCGCCAAAUGUCAGUCGUCUCAAGCAUUGGAGAUUUCAGUACAGAGCAGAAAUCUCCCCAACCCACAAAGAACUUUUCAAUCCCUGACCCACAUCCACACCAACAGACAACCCUGAGCAGUAAAGUGACAGACAGCUAUGUAGUACAAACUAAUAGUGACACACGGUGCUUAAAUAAGUCUCACAAAAUAGAUGGAAAGACAUCUCUUCAGAUUGGUGAGAAAAUGCCAGUCACAGCCAGCACAUUGUCUGAGGAGGAACAAACUCACUGCUUGGAGAUAGGAAGCAACAAACGUCAUAGCAAGAGUAAUUUAUCUGAAGGCAAAAGGUCUACUGAACUCCAUUCCCCGUUACAGGAAAGAUUAAGUCCAGAGAACAGAACCACUGAUUUAAAGUGUGACAGUUCCAGUAGAUCAGAGGGAGAAAUACUGACACCAGAACAUAUUGAAGUCAAGGAAGAAAGAGCCAGACCGCCCAUCUUUCCAAUAUCACUCUCAGAAUACUGUGCAUCUGAAAAUAAGAGUUCUCAAGAGAAGCAUUCUGGUUGGGAAGGUUUCUCAGAUCAUUUUCCUCACGGGGACUCAAAGUCACAGAAGCCCUUCAGAAAAAUUCAGGAAGAACAGGAGGAAAGUUUAAGUAGCAGCAGUGACCUCACAGUUUCUGUAAGUGAAGAUGAUUUGAUUUUAAAGAGUCCAGAACCACAGCCAAAUCCAGAUGACAAGAUGGAGGGAGAAGAUGGAAUAGAGGCCUUAAAAUUAAUCCACUCUGAGCAAGAAAGGGAUGCCCCAUCUACUGAAAAACAUAAUUGUAUUUUGCAAACCAUAAGCUCUCCUGAUUCAAAAAAGGAAUCCUCCACUAACUCACCAACAAGAGAGCUCUAUAAUCAUAGUGACAUUCUGAAAAAAGACCUUGAAGACUGCAAAGCAGCUGUCCUUCAUCAGCUUCUGAGACUCUCACCUAUGAGUGGCAGCGAUGAAAAGCAAGUCAGAUCUGAACAAGCACAAGCCUCAGGCUUAACGAGGGCACUGCUGGGUCAAUGUGUUGCCACCUUGAAAGAACAGGAUAAUUUGAUCAAAGAGGUACCUAAGCUGUCUGAAGUUUUCCCACUUGAAAACAUGGACCAGAGGACAAGGGCAACAGCAUUAUUGAAAAGAGCCCUUACAGAAGAGUAUGAGGCUAGGUCAGCUGUCCACAGUCAUGAAUUAUCUUGCAACUUGCCAUCUAUUCUGAAUGACAAUAGUGGAAUAAAGGAAGCAAAACCGGCUCUGUGGCUCAACAGUGUUCUUACAAGGGAACAAGGAGUUUCAAGUGGCUAUGUUGAUGAUAGCAAAGAAGAAAGCAUGGCAGUAAAGAUUCCAAUCACAGAAACAAAAGCCUACCAGUUGCUGAAGCAGUCUACCCUUCAGGAUGAUACAAAUCAAACUGAAGGCAGAUUCCAAAAGAUGGAUGCUGCUGCAUCACAACUGUCAGUGGAGAUUCAUUCUCCUCUGCGAGAUGAAAAAAGAGAGGAUUUGGCAGAGGAACUGAAAGGUGAGUGGUGUGGGCAGCUGUCAUGCAGUGGUGUCAGUUAUUUGUGAGACCUAGUUCCUAGCAUCCGAUAUCUUGGUGAGCCAUCGCUGCUUGUGUGUUAUAACAAUGUGAAUUAUUCAGUUUGAUGCCACAGUACAGACCCAUGUGCUCAUACUCGCAUCUUAGCCAUUUAAAAUGGUGCUCUUUGAAUGACUUUAUUUUUUACUUUUUGUGGCUUCUGUGUAUGUAUCACUGGAAAACCCCCUACUUCUUUUCAGUAUUCCGCCAACAUAUGAUUCCUUGCCUUAGAUGCUCCCUUGCUUUUUGUGGCUUGAACAGCAUCUUCCUCUGUUGACAUUUGUUUUACCAAAGUGAUUGUGAGGUCCCUUCUUUCUUCAUUGCAUCCAUUGCUGCUUGGUGGCUAAUGCU